UAACGUUUCAGUUAGAGGUAGAAGAGGAGAGAAGCAGUCAGGGAAAACAAAGUUCUCCAGUAUGAGAAGGUAUAGAAGAGACUGGUCUUCUGGAGAGCCGGAUAGGUAUUGUGGAAGGAGAGACUACCAUCAUGAGCAGCCUGAAAGCAGCUACUCAAGCCGAAGAUACCACGCCCGCGACGAGGUGGUGACUCUGCCACUGCCGGGAAAGGCUGCUUCGGGAUCCCCCAUGUCCAUGGCCGUGGACUUCAAAACAUAUGUAGAUCAGGCCUGCCGAGCUGCUGAGGAGUUUGUCAACAUUUACUAUGAGACCAUGGAUAAGAGACGCCAGGCAAUUACCAGGCUCUAUCUGGACAAGGCCACCCUGAUCUGGAACGGAAAUGUUGUUACCGGCAUGGACUCCCUGACAAGUUUUUUUGACAUGUUGCCAUCAAGUCAGUUUCAAGUCAACAUGUUAGAUUGCCAGCCAGUUCAUGAGCAAGCUACCCAGUCGCAGACAACAGUUCUCGUUGUGACCAGCGGAAUUGUGAAGUUUGAUGGAAACAAGCAACAUUUCUUCAACCAAAAUUUCCUGCUGACUGCUCAGGUCACACCCAACAGUACAGUGUGGAAGAUAGCCAGUGAUUGCUUCCGUUUUCAAGACUGGGCUACUUGCUAAAGGGAGCAGGGAGUCCAUUCAUCUUUGUUCCAUUAGCUCCAGCAGCAAAUCCAUCUCUUCAUAAAAGCACUACAGACUAGCAUGUGCUUUCUUGCUUUGUUUUAUUCUUAACACCUUUUUCUAGCAGAUACAAGUUUAAAUCAUUGCCCUUAAGAGCUUUAAUGCUAUUUUUACAUGCCUUAGAUACGUUCAGUAAUGCCAUUCUUUACUAUUAAGCACGUGAUCUUGGUACUAACAUAUUCACUGUGAACCCAGCCUUUUGCAAAAAUGGAAUUCUUUAUUAUAAUACUGUCUAGAAUAUCAGCACAAUGUAACUCUGGGAAGAAACGCAGCUCAUUUUGGUUAUUAGAUACAUUUUUGUAACAAAAUACUUGCCUAUUUUCAGUUAACACUAGUAAUACAAUUUUAAUAUAUAGCUUUUCCAAAUCAGGACAGCGAAAACAAUACAAAUUUAGGUUUGUACAACUAGUCUAAUGUAUUAGAAUUGCAAGGUAAAGUUGUUUUUUUUUUUUUUACACUGGCACAUUUUGUUAUGAAGUGAAUUAACCAAAUAGAGUGAUGCAGAAUGUUCUUAGUUGAUGCCUGAGCAUCAGGUACAUUUGGUGGCUUAGCAGCAAAACUUAAAAAAGAUUUUCUUGGCAGCUGUAGGUUUAUACAUUUACACAAUGAAUGGUAGUAGAAUUAAUAGCUUUAGUAGGAGAAUGGGGAAUGAGAAAUGCAAAAUCUAAGUUUGAAGCCAAAAGUGGAGGGUGAAUUUCAAAAUGAUAACUUUUUGGUACUUGUUUUCUACCUCCUAAAAAUGUACCCUGCUUUUAGUUUAAAUUUCUCAUUAAGUAUUUUUGCCUACUGAUCAUGAAUGUCACUUAGUUCAAGAAGGAUUCUUUUUUUAAAAAAAACAAUCUACAUCACCUUACGUAUGUAUGUGUGUUUUUAGGUAUCAGCUUAUUGAAAAAUAAAUAUGGGAAGUAAAAUACCAGCAAUAAAUCUCACCUGGUAACAUAAUCUAGCAGGGAAGUUGGAAAGAAAGCCACUAAUACCUCUUUGCACCAUUAUUAACUUCUAAGUCUUCCGUGUGAACUUUAGACCCAAAGUAUUCCAUAUAUUACCCGCUCCCAAAAGAGUUCAUUUUAUGCUUGUGCUUUAUACUGCCAUAUGCUUUAUCUUUUCCUGGAUUAUUGAAAGUUAAAAUAGUUGAUUUUGCAAUUUGCUAUUUCAUAUACUAGUGGGGAAAUGUGGGUAACUCAUCUUUUGGAGCAACAGGAAAAAAAAUAGAGCACAGAUCUUCAUACUAAAGUUCAAAAGAACAAAUUGAAUAUUUUUUCAGCUUCUAGAGAAGUUUUAACGUUGGUUUUAAACUUUUUUUUUUCAUUUUUAAAUGUCUUAAAGACAUGCCAGCUUUGUUUUCUACACUGCAAUCAAAAUCAAUAUUUCUUAUCAUUUAAUUUUAAACCCUGUAACUCAUCAACUCCUGGCUAAUAAUUCAUGUUCUAUUUCUAAGACACUCACUUAAAACAGACUUUAAAAAGAUAAGGAAAUGGAGCUGAAAUUUAGAGCACACCUUCUUGUAGAACUAGUCAAAACUUAUGUGUGAUAAUAUACUCCAAGUGAGAGUUAUUGUUGCUUAGGGUUUUUGUAAACCACAGCUUUCAAGUGCAACAGUCAGCAGGCCAGGUCCUACUCUAUCUCUAAUGGAGAACAGUCUCAAGUAGAAGUUACAUGUAACUAGCAAUAACUAAACUGAUGGUUGUGUGUUGUUCACAAAGUGUUUUAAGACUUGUAUGCGACCUGAUUUUUCCAAACUGGAAACUUUUAAAUGGCUGGAAUGACUCUUUAUGGGCUAGACUGUAUUUUUUGACAUGGUCAUAUUUUUCUAACUC